CUACGACGCUUCGCCUACAGAGAGCACUGGCCCUAGCUCUCGUCAGGAGCUCUAAGAGCCGCACACAAUCUUAUGCCGCUCCCGAUGCGAAUGAUAAGAUAGACUCUUUGCUGUCAAUGGAAGAUGAUCCCUCGAAUGGUUCCAUCUCGCAGUGUCACCUCAAUCGUCUUUGCAUCUAGUACGACUUUCGGGGACGACUGGACGACUUUUCCAGAUCAACAGCCGAUCUGACCUCUUUGAGGGCUUCCGCGAGCUACCUUUCCACAUUAUUCCUGCGCUCAGGUUUGUGUAAGACUCGAAGAAGACACGGCAUUCAUCUCUGUCUCACGGUUUCUGGCUGUCCAAAUGCCUCAGAAUAACGCUAUUCACGACGCAUGGAGGAUGCAAUGUGCCAUGAUAAGCACGAUGGCGCGAGCGGCGAGAAACGAUAUAAAAGCUCGAGCGGAUGCAUUGGCUCACCAGAGAUCCACGCUCUGUCCCUCCAAUCCCUCGAGACUUGUCCAAGAUGAAGUUCGGUGCCCUCUUUGCGUUCACCCUCGCUGCGGUCGUCAUGGCCAACCCAGUCCCUCUGGUCGAGUCGGACAACAACUCGUGGAAGAUCGGUCGUGCGGCGCCGACCCUUGAGCUCGAAUCGGAGAACAAGAGCUGGCACAUCAACAAGGUUCAGGCUGUCGCCACUCCAGUUGCGCGCGCGCCGGAGCCGCUGAUCACCCCCAACGCUCUCGACGCCAAUAAUGAUCACUGGACGAUUGGAAAAGCCCGUGCUUUGCCCACUGAGGACCUCGAGUCGGACAACACCUCGUGGAAGAUCAACCGCGCAGCCCCGACCCUCGAACUCGAAUCGGAGAACAAGAGCUGGCACAUCAACAAGGUUCAGGCUGUCGCGACUCCAGUUGCGCGCGCGCCGGAGCCGUUGAUCACCGCCAACGAGCUCGACACCAACAAUGAUCACUGGACGAUCGGACAAGCUCGUGCUCUUCCCACUGAGGACCUCGAGUCGGACAACAAUUCGUGGAAGAUCAACCGCGCGGCGCCGACCCUCGAACUCGAAUCCGACAACUCCAGCUGGCAUAUCGGAAAGAACCGCGCUGUCGAGACCCCCGUUGCGCGUGCGCCGGAGCCGGCCAUCACUCCCAACGCUCUCGAUAGCAGCAACGAUCACUGGACGAUCGGGAAGGCCCGCGCAUUGCCCACGCAGCCGCUCGAGUCGACGAACGACAAGUGGGUGAUCGGCCGUGCGGAAGUUGAAUCGGAUAACACUUCGUGGAAGAUCAACCGUGCGGUAGCUACUCCCGUGGCGCGUGAGCCCCUUGUGGACUCGGACAACACCUCCUGGAAAAUCAACCGGGCCGCUCCCACGAUUGAGCUCGAAUCUGAUAACACCAGCUGGCACAUCGGAAAGAACCUCGCUGUCGAGACUCCCGUCGCGCGCGCCGAAGCCGGUCUGGACACCAACAACGACCAUUGGACGAUCGGCCAGAACCGCCGGGCCGUGCCGACCCAGGGCGUUGAGCCGAGCAACGACCACUGGACCAUUGGCCGCCGCGAGGAGGAGGCUCGCACGCUUGCUGUGUAGUCCAGGUGUAUUUGGAAUAAGCAAUGUUUGUACGCAUGAUCAUGAUCUCAAUAUAUUGUCCGGGCUUUGGCCUCGGUGAUUGCUUUCCUGGGUCUGUUGCGCGGUGAGUCGGGCAGGCAUAGCACACAUUUGGAUAGAGAGUCGAAAGAUGGGUUUGAACCACGAAGUCCGCUGCGUCGAGCGGUGCGCCGCGGUCGGGUGCGGUCAUCUUGAGGGGCGAGAACCGCGCGGGCGCCAGGUCGGGUGAGCCAUUGACAUCGGCGG